GCAUGGAACCAUGCUCACAGGUGCCCGCAGAAGCCAAGCAGGAUCCGUGGGAGUACAUCCUGCGGAAGUACGUCCUGAUGCUGGCUACGCUGGUGGCGACCGUGACGUACGGCCUGGGAUUCAACCCGCCCGGAGGUGUGUGGCAAGACAGCAUCGACGGUCACCUCGCCGGCGAACCAAUCGUCCGGAUCACCAACAAGAUCCGGUACCUGGUGUUCUUCUACUGCAACGCCGUCGCGUUGGCAUUGUCGGUCGUGGUCAUCUGCCACUUCCUCAUCCUCUCAAUGGAGACGGUGGUGAAGAUGAAUGUGCGUACCAGACUGAAGCCGUUGCGUGUGGUCAUGGUGUUGGACCUUCUCAGCUUCAUGGGUGCCUAUGCGGCGGGCAACUGCCACGACAGGUUCACCACCGUCUACACCUCCGUGCUCAUGGUCGCCACAGUCUCUACCUACCUGGCUGUCCAGAUGGUGCUGGCGUCGCGUCCAGAGUGCAGAUGGUCCAGCCACGACCGGCAGCUGGAAGAGCGGCUCCGGAAGGUGCUCCUGCUUCUCGCCACGUUUGUAGUGAGCGUCACGUACGUAUCCGGGCUGAGCUCGCCACCGGGAGGAUUCUGGGAUAACGCUGAGGCCGGCCACCGCCCCGGGGACGCCAUUCUUAAGGAUCACUACAAGGCACGCCUGGUGACGUUCGUGGUGUGCAACUCCACGGCGUUCACCGCGUCGCUGCUCAUCAUCAUGCUGCUCCUCAGCCGGAAGCUUCGUGAGCGAACGGUACGUUCUCGCCAGAUGUUUGGGUCUGUCGUAGCCGCGCUGGUCGGUCUCGUCGGGGCGUACGCCGCCGGCAGCUGCAGGGAGACUGCCGCCACCGUCUACCUGGUCCUUAUGGUUGCUGCGGCCUGUCUGCUAUGCAUUCUACUCCAAACUUGCUUGCAGAAAGAUGAAGACAGCGAACUUUCACCUUCGGCCAAGGAUGGGAAACCAGGAUUUAAUAAAGCCGAGAUGGUAAUAAUGGAGAUGCAGACUGGCCAGUCUCGGUCUCUCCUUCUAUUGCUCGCCACUUUCGCAACCGCCAUCACUUACCAAGCAGGGCUAGAUCCGCCAGGUGGCGUUUGGCAGGGCAACACGGACGAGCACCUCGCCGGCGACCCCAUCCUCUUUACGACGAAUGCUAGACGGUACAGGACUUUCUUGUACUGCAAUUCAUUUGCAUUUGUGUCCUCCUUGUUCACCAUCGUCCUAUUCCUACGGAGGGUUUUACUCAGGCGAAACGUGGUGAGCUUAGUCAUCAUGCUUGAAUUGCUUGCCCUCAUCGGUUCAUACGCCGCCGGGUCCUGCAGGGACAUAGCCACCUCCAUGGCCGUCUUGGCCUUGGCGGGUGCCAUCCUGUUCUACAUGGUGAUCCAUGCCAUCUUCUUCACGCUGGACCCCGUGGAAACCUUUGAGGUGCUUGUCCAUUUGGAGAAGAAGCGCAAGCUGUUGUACCUCUUGGCAACCUUGUGCACGGCAAUGAGUUACCAAGCCGGGUUGAACCCUCCGGGCGGCUUCUGGCUCCAGAACGACGAUGAGUUUAGGCAUCAUGCAGGCGACCCAGUCCUCCUGUACAACCAUCCGCGCAGCUACAAUGCCUUCUUCUAUUGCAACUCGAUAAGCUUCAUGAUGUCCAUCACCACCAUGAUCCUCCUCUUGAGCCCGGUAUUUUACAGGGGAUUCAUACGAAGCUACGCGCUAACCCUUGGCACGGUUGUGGGAUUGUCUUGCUUCAUGGGUGCCUAUGCCGCCGGGAGCACGCAGCAUCUCACACGAUCCAUCAUCCCCUUCUUCCUGUUGGUGGCACUGGUUUUCUGCACUGUUGUUAUACUGUUCCUAAAGUGUCUCUGCGAUUUGAGGCCAAAGCGUCAGAAAGAACUUGUAAUAAGUUCGAGCACAACUCCUGAAGAGGAUAGGGAUCGGGAUCAGGACCAGCAACAAGAGAUUCAAGACCAAGCAAUAAAAGAACUAUAUUCCAGACGCAAACAUCUGAUUUUGCUCACAAUCCUUGUGGCGGGUGUCACGUAUCAGGCCGGCCUUGAUCAACCCGGUGGUGUUUGGCAGAACGGCGAUGGGCACGAUGAGGGUGACCCCGUUAUGCAGGACAACAGGAGACGGCGGUACAUUGCCUUCUUCUACAGCAACUCCACUUCCUUCGUGGUGUCCAUCAUCACUCUGUUGCUUCUGGUGCAGCGGUUCCAGGUAGCGAGAACGAGGUUGCCCGGCUGGGCGAUGUCCGCGGUCAUCGAGAUUGAUUUGCUGGCUCUGCUGGUGGCAUACGCUACCGGCUCCAGCAGGGACUGGAAGACCUCUCUGUUCGUCGCUGGACUGGGCAUACCCAGACUCACCUACGUGGCUAUCAAGGUGAGCCGCGGAGUCCUUUCACUCCUUUGUAGGCGGCGCGAGGCCCAGUUUGAGACACAUCAGCCACAUCGGCUGGAAUCUUUUAUUUGA